UUCUGUUUGGCUCUCGACAUGAAACUUAUUAUUUUGGUGAUCCUCUGCAGCCAGAUUAUCCUGGAAAUUGCUGCCUAUGAGCACAAAAUCGCACACAGGAUAUGUGGCAAAAACACUUUCCCCGAUUGCUAUUCAUAUUGUAGAAGGGGAUGCACGGAUAACCCAGUUGACUGCGUUCAUCUCUGCAAUAAAGGAUGCGGAUGUGUCGAAGCCUCAAUCGUGCGGAACAACGGAGGAUGCAGAAGAGUAAAGAGUUGCGGCAAGGAUGAGGACUCCCUAUCUGCUGAAGAAUUCGUGAAAGCCUGGUGGGAUCCCCCCGAAAAUAGUAAUGCAGAUGAACAGCCGGCCCCAACGCCAGAUGGUUCGGAAGAAGGCGGAUCGGAUGAGAAGAAAAGCCAGGAAAAUCCGGAUGAAGUGACGCCGUCAGGUGCUUUAGAGGACGCCGGCUCCACGCCUCAAGCCUCCUUACUUUUGUAACUUGAAAUAAAAACCAUAGUCAAUUGGAA